GACCGAGAGACAGACAGAUGCUGCAGGAUGCCGGGGAUGCUGUUAGGAGACAUCUUUCCCAACUUCGAAGCCGAUUCCACGUUUGGCAGAAUGAAACUACAUGAUUAUCUGGGAGAUUCCUGGGGUGUCCUGUUCUCUCAUCCGCGAGACUUCACUCCCGUCUGCACCACUGAACUCGGCAGGGCAGCUCAGCUCAGUCCUGAGUUCAGCAAGCGUAACGUGAAGCUGAUAGGGCUCUCCGUCGACCGCCUGGAGGAGCAUCACAGCUGGAGCAAGGACAUCAUGGCUUACAAUAACAUGGAGCCUGGGAGCGAGUUUCCCUUUCCCAUCAUAGCGGAUGAUCGGCGGGAGCUGGUGGAGACCCUGGGGAUGCUGGACCCGGAGGAGAAGGACCAGAGCGGGAUGCCACUCAGUGCCAGAUGUGUGUUUGUGAUCGGCCCGGACAAGAAGUUAAAGCUCUCCAUUCUCUAUCCAGCAACAACAGGACGAAACUUUGACGAGAUUCUGCGUGUCAUUGACUCGUUACAGUUAACGGCACACAACCGCGUGGCUACGCCUGUGGACUGGAGGCCUGGGAACAGUGUGAUGGUUCCUCCCAGCAUCCCUGAGACCGAGGCCUCGACGCUCUUCCCUGCAGGAGUCUACACUAAAGACCUGCCGUCUGGGAAGAAGUACCUGCGCUACACACCACAGCCCAGCGCACAUCAGCAGUGAACUACAGACGGAGCUGAUGAUCAGAAACGAGAAGCCAAAGUCCUCACAGAUUUGUUUUUAAUGCUUUAUUUUAAGCGUAAAUCACUCUUUCAGUUUACAGGCACGUACAUUUUCUAGAAAUGAAAUUUUUUAUUAUUAAUUUACACACCCUCAAGCCAUCCAAUAUGUACGUGUUGUUUUCCUCGGCUGCCCAUUUUUGAGAAAUAAAAGAAAGCAUAUUGGAGGAGCACAGAAUGAAUCUCUGUGACUCCUGAUGAUUUAUUGAGGUCUUAAGAAGUGAAACAAUCAGUCUGUGGAAGAAACUGAACAUUAUUUAUAAUCCAGAGCCCCAGACAAACGGUUCGGAGGGAUGUCCGGUUCACAAACAAAUCAUUUAUUUUGAACCAGUUCUUUUUGGUGAGCUAGAUAAACCAGUUCAUGGCUCGAGCAGCACAGAUCUACCAGUCACUUUCAGACGCCUGACAGUCUCUCCGACUGGAAAUGAGCUGAAACAGCGGCGAAUCCGAUCCUGUGAUGAAUGAACUGAUUCAGUGCUCCAGUUCUGAGGAAACCGUUCGUCUCGGA